AUGAAGAGGAAUUUUAAAAGUAUACAAAAUUCCUCAACUUCUAUAAGAAAGAAUGAUAAAAUUACAAAAUCAAGUUAUGCGGAUGUCAACAUAAAUCUUGAAGAUAUUGAAAGUGACCCAGGAUUGAGAACACCGAUUAUGGACCAUCCUUUAAAAAUUCGUGAUCAAGUUCGGCGAGCAUAUAUGCAAAAAGGGCUUGCUUUUCGUGGUGAUGAUGAAUCUGGUGACUCGAGUAAUCAAGGUAACUUUCUUGAGAUUUUAAAAUUUCUUGCUGAUCAUAAUGAAGACAUCAAAGCAGUUACAUUGACAAAUGCUCCUGAGAAUUUAAAAUUAACAUCACCUGAUAUUCAGAAAGAUAUUGUGAGGGCUGCAGCUUUUGAAACACUUGAUAUCAUUAUUAAAGAAAUUGGAGAUGCGUUGUUUUCUAUUUUAGUUGAUGAAUCUCAUGAUAUUUCAACUAAGGAGCAAAUGGCUGUUGUGUUGCGAUAUGUAGAUAAAGAUGGGCGUGUGAUUGAACGAUUUGUGGGAAUUGAACAUGUGGCCAAUACCACAGCUGUGUCACUUAAAGGUGCUAUUGAUAAAUUAUUUUCUAGAUAUGGAUUAAGCAUAUCUAAAUUACGGGGACAAGGUUAUGAUGGGGCAAGCAAUAUGCAAGGAGAGUUUAGUGGUCUUAAAACUCUUAUUUUGAAUGAGAAUCCAUCAGCUUUUUAUGUUCAUUAUUUUGCUCACCAACUUCAACUUGCUCUUGUAGCUGUCGCAAAGAAACAUAUUCUAGUUGCUUAUCUUUUUAGUGUGGUAACUAUGGUGAUAAAUGUCGUUGGAUGUUCUUCUAAGCGUUGUGAUAUUCUUAGAGAAAAGCAAGAUGCUAUUAUUUCUGAAGCACUCAAGUGUGGUGAAAUUUCAAGUGGAAGAGCGCUAAAUCAAGAAACCAAUCUUAAACGUCCCAGUGAUACUUGUUGGGGUUCACAUUAUGCUACAUUGUCUACAUUUAUGAAAGCAUUGUUGGGAAUAACAAAUGAAUUGUCAAAAGCACUACAGAGAAAAAAUCAAGAUAUUGCAAAUGCCAUGAAAUUAGUGGAAAUUUGCUAG